AUGGAAAUUCCCGAGGAGGGAAACGAGUCUUUUCCUGACACCACGCGGCGGGCUUCAAGCCCGGGGUUUACAGCUUUGAUGGACAGGCUAAGCCUCACCUGCCAGUUGGAGCAUGACAUAGACAAACUGGCCCACAUCUUCAGUUACUACAUUAGUGACAUCGUGGAGCGUGCUGGGCCCCAUGGGUACCAAGGUGAGGGAGACCCAAUGUCGGCCUCAGAGGAUCUCCCAAUUUUUGCCUUUGAUCAGCUGACUCUAGAUAUUUCACCCCUGUCACUCUGUCCUGCAGGAAAUGUGCUCCUGGCACUCUGGACGGUAAAACAGAAUCAACUGAGUGACAUCAUUACCCUGGUGGCAAAGUGCAGUCUGGAGAUACAAGAGAAAUUUGGGAUCUACCAUACCAGAGAAGGCCAGGACCUGCAGCUAAAAAUAGGUCUGUCAGCAGGUCGGAUUUCCCAGGUUAUUGUUGGAGAUGAGCAACGGCAAUACCUCUUGGUGAUUGGGCGGGAUGUAGAUGAUGUCCAGUUAGCUCAGCGUUUAGCUCAGGCAAAUGAGAUCGUCCUGUCGUGGAACUGCUGGAAGCUCUGUGAACAGUACAUGUUUGAAGUGGAAAUCAUGAGGGAAGAUGAAGCUGUGAAGUUAAGAGAUUUGCACAUCAUUGACCGAUUUGAUUUUGAUGAACACUUUGACAAGUGCCUCAAUUAUCUGCCACACUACCGUACAAGUGCUGAGACUCUAAGAACUGCCCUGGAAUUGGAUCCAGACUCCACACUUGAACAAACACUGCGAAAACACAUCAUGACAAACCUUUUGAAGAAGAUUGAUGAAGGCCAACCAAUGGAAUAUGUAUCUGAAUUACGUACCGUAACUACAGUUUUGAUCAGCGUAGAGUUCCACAAGACAGCGUGGAUAUUGCAUUUGUGUCGUCUUAUCCAGGAGGCUGCCUUAUAUAUCUCCACAGUUAUUGAGAAAGCAGGUGGCCAGCUGAGCCGCAUCUUUAUGUUUGAGAAAGGCUGCAUGUUCCUCUGUGUUUUCGGCCUUCCUGGGCAUAAGAAUCCAGAUGAGUGUGCACAAGCCCUGGACAGCUCCUUCCGCAUCUUCAGCUUCUGCUGGGAGAAUCUUAAUGAGACCAAGCUUGUUUCCAUCAGUAUCACCAAUGGACCAGUAUUCUGUGGUGUGGUUGGAGCAGUGGCCAGACAUGAAUAUACAGUUAUUGGCCCAAAGGUGAGCCUUGUGGCUAGGAUGGUAACCGCUUACCCAGGGUUGGUGUCCUGUGAUGAGGUAACAUAUCUGAGGUCCAUGCUACCUGCUUACAACUUCAAGAAACUCCCAGAGAAAAUAAUGAAAAAUAUCUCCAAUCCAGGAACGAUGUAUGAGUAUCUUGGCCACAGCAGAUGUGUAAUGUUUGGGAAGAGACAUUUACCCAGAGAGAGAAAUAAAAGUCACCCUUUGCUAGAUCGAGAGAAAGAACUAGAAGCCUUUAAAGUGGCCCAUCAGGGGUGUUUGCACCAGAAGAAGGGACAAGCGGUUCUGUAUGAAGGUGGAAAAGGCUGUGGGAAAAGUCAGCUAUUGGCUGAAAUAAACUUUCUGGCCCAGAAGGAAGGGUACAGGGUGUUGCCAUUGAAGCUGAAGGAAGCAGAUUCCAAGCAGUACUUCUAUGCCAUCCAGACCCUCAUGGCCAUCUUCUUUGAGAUCGAUACAUGCCCAGCCUACUACCGGCAAGAGUGUCUGCACAAACAGCUGCAUGGGAUAGUGCAGGAGCCACUUCACUGCCUUUUCAACGACCUCUUCUUUGUGAAGUUUCCCAUAUCCUUCAAAGUUUCGCACAUGGAUGAUUUGGCCAGACAAAAGAAGGUGAAAUCAUGUUUUAUUCAAGUACUUCGGAAGCUACCUUCUCCGCAGGUGCUUUAG